GCAGCGGCCUGCAUGUCGGCGGGGGCUUGUACCAGGCUAGCGGAUCCAUCCUUCUCCAUCGUGAAUCCAUCACUGUGCGCGCCGCGGAAACACUCCGGUCUGUUACAUACAACAUCUCCGCCAGCGACGUUGCCCUUACGAGAAUUGUGGCCGCGCAAACUCAUCCAAACUAUAAUUACAUCUCAAUGACGUGCAUGGGCGUUUCGAUGCCAGAGACUUUGCAUGCAGCGCGCAGUACGUCACGGACACGACUCACGUCACACAGCUGUGCUCCCUACGUCGACUUGAGCGUUGGUCCAAGGGCGCGCACGCUGUGUUCGCUGCCAUUCGAGAGACCCACUGGACGUCUCAGGCUAUUGUUACAACUUACAGCCAUUGUCAUGCCAAAGAGUCGCCUACAGGUCGCCUGUCUAUCCGUCGGGACACGGCACAUGUGCAGUGCACAUCACUCCAUUCUACCCGUUUUUGCAAAUCCUCGGAUACUUAUGCGACUUAUUCGGCUUCGCGCCGCAGCAGCCCCUUGCAACCAAUAUUCUCGCCACAGUGCCAUCAAAAAUCCGAACCGGAGUAACCUUCGCGUCCGGAUCAGACGCUUUCAAAGGGAGCCCAUGUCACGCCUAGGUCACAUGGCAAGCCAAGACGGCUCGUACCGUUUGUAUACCCAUGGUAUGUAGAAAGUAUACAUGUCGCUAUGCACUUACCUGUGUUGUAUUCUAGCAGGUCAGAGCUGAACUU